GAAUGGAAAGCCAAUUCCUGUGACCCCCUCCUCUUCUUCGUAUAUAUUUCUUCGUCUUUUCUUGCCUUCGCUUCCAAGCGAGGCUCCAUCGGCCGCGUUCUGCGCCCCAGAUCUCUCUGCCGGUCUCCAUCCCCGAAAAUUGAGUACAUGGAUGAAGCGGCCGUGAGGGUUUUGGAGAUUGGAUUAGGUUUCCAGAAGUAUCAUCUUGGAAACUUGAACAUCAUUGCCAAAACAUUCACAUUGUUCUUAGCAUUGAGCAUGCAGAAACAGAUUCAGGAAGAGAACUCUGUUUCAUUAAUGUUGGAGGAUCACAAGACCACAUGCUGGGGAUGUGGAUUACACCUUGUUCUUGAAUCUUAUUCACCAAUAUUCAAAUGUGGAUGGUGUGGAGCAAUAACAGAUCAAUGCAAAACUUUGAGGAAACCCGAUAGCACGUGGUUUUCUUGGUGGAGAUGUGUACGAGACCGCCUUUUUGUUACUAUUCUAAUUUUCUUCAUGCUAUUUGUGAUAUGUACUGGUGUUUGGGCAGUCUACCCAGCUGUUUUCUCAAUCAGCAAGUUCUGUGGAAUCGUUCAUUGCCUGUUAACAUCUGUCUUGUCUAUUAUUACCGUCUCCAGUUUCUGCUUAGCAGCCUUUCGUUCUGCUGGGGCACCAGCAAACAUACCAUGGGGAAGCUACCCAAUUGUGGAGAAAGAUGGCCUGGAAAACUACACAUAUUGUGCUUAUUGUUCUAAGCCAAAGCCGCCAAGGGCACACCACUGCCGUUCCUGUAGAAUGUGUGUUUUGGAUAUGGAUCAUCAUUGUCCAUUUAUAGGAAACUGUGUUGGAGCAGCAAAUCACCGGUAUUUCAUUGCGUUCCUUAUAUCUGUAGUCAUUAGUUGCGCCUAUGUUUUCCUGAUGACACUGUAUGCUGGUUUUCGUGUAUGGCCGCCCUUGGAAAUUAGAAAUCUAGCAUUAUCUGGCUUUGGUAUUGGGAGUGCUGCAAGUAUAGUGAAGGAGAUAGUUGCUGCCUUGGCUAGCUCAGCACUUCUUUUGUCUGCAAGAGGUCUAAUUCUUAUAUAUCUGUCAUUUGCAAGUCUGAGUGUGGAAAUUGGUAUAGUUGUGUUAUUGUGGCAGCAACUCUAUUGGAUUUAUGAAGGUAACACAUAUAUCAACCAAAUAGCUUCACAUAAUGUUGCACAUGGAGAAAAAGGCUGGCAGAAUCUUUUACGUUUCUUUGGUUGCCCAUACUCAGUUUACAGAGUACUUUUGGGUACUGGAAAUGCUGGAAAGUCACAAGAUAUAUCGAGCUCCAAGCUUCUAUAGAGGGUACAAAACAAGUGUUAGGCAAUACAAACAUCAGGAAGUAACCGAUUAUUCUGAUCAGAAUCUCGACUAUCAUCUGAUCGCCUUGGUAUGUUAUUUUUCCUCACUCCACGAAACGAAAAACAGGAGAACAAGUGUGAGCCUCCAAUGUCAGAUUCUUGAAUUCAACAGUUUCAGAUGCUGCUAGGUGGGUUUACCAGCCCGCAGAUAUUUGUCAGAGACAAGAGACAAGGACUUUCUGUUAAAACACACGAGGAAAAAAAUUCUCUUUAUGUACAUUUCUUUUUUACAUGUCCACCGACUACAUUACCAGUGGGUACUUGAUUUUGUGAGUGUAAAUUUCUCGUCGACUUUGUGUACAUGAAUAUUUUAUAAACUAGAUUUUCUUUGCACUCUA